AAGAAGCUUCAAUCAGCCUUUCGAAGCUUAAACUCCGUUCUCCGUUCUCAUCAUUCUUAACUAACCAUUUCGCAAAGAGACGAGAUCCAACCCAUCACGAUGCGUCUCUUCCAGGCUGCCGCGGCGCUCGCAGCUUGCAGCGCUUCUGCGCAUGCUUUUUCGGAUUCUUCCCCUUUUAUUAUGUUCUCGUCAGCUGGCGUACCAACACCAUCCCGCCGACACCAAAUACAAUCUAUCCCUGAAGUCCAACUAUCUAUGCAACAGUUCCUGGGGAGCUGUCCGACCGACCGAUACCUCGUUGUUUCCCAGCCAAACCUCAACGCGGGCGAUCUAAGCGCGAAAGAUGCUGUACCGAACCUACGUCGAUCAUUAGACAAGGCCCAUGUGAGCCACACUAUCGCAGAAGUCGCCGGACAAUUAGAUACGAAAGAUAUUACGAGAUACAUCCAGAAGGCUUGCGAAGGAACGACAGAACCCUUCAUUGAUGAACUCGAACUUGCACCUCUCCCAUCAAGUGAUAGCGUCCGGACGCUCAAGGAAAACGAUGAUGAGCUAGGAAUGGCCCUCGAACAAUACGAAAGAGAAGGUUCCUAUACGGUUAUCUACGCCGGCGGUCAGCGAAAGGAGACACCCAAGGCCUACAAGGCCGAAUUCACCGGAGCUGUACACACGGAACUGAAGAGACAGCUCCACAGCAACCAGCAGAGGGCUAACCAGUCCCGAAAUCUCCCUCUAUUCGAGAAGUACCAGUACUUUACUCCAGGUAUCUUCACCGGUCUAAUCGCCUUUGUCGUCCUCAUGUCCAUCCUAUACGCCGGUAUCUCCGCCGUCGCGAGUCUCGAAGUUCCCUACGGUGCUUUCGACAAGGAGAUGGGUCCCUCUGCGCAAAAGAAACAGCAGUAAGCGGAACACCGAUCAUCCAUUUAUAAGCAAUCAUCAAAAUAGGCAGUUCAUUCAGUUGGACAAUUUUGUAUCAAGGCUGUAUAAUCCAAGCAGCGUGUAUGUGUACGAAGUAUACUAAGUAUAUGGGAUCAU